CAAAAAUGUAGGUAUUGACCAAGUUCAAAAAUAUUUGUACCCAAAUCAGUAAAUGAAAGAUACAGUAUGAAAUUCAUCAAUCCUAAUCUCAGUAUCUCAUCAGUUCUCAAUCUCAUGGAACAUCUCAUUCUCAAAUCUAAAAACUCCAUCCCCAAUUUUUUUUUUUGCAUCCCCAAAUUAAAAUCACAUCAAGCUGUUCCAGUUUGACCUCACAAGUUGAUCCCAAAUGAAGAAGAAACUUCUAACCCCUUGGCUUUCUAAAGAAUUAAUAAUUUAUACUUCUCCCAAUCCAACAAGCAGCAUUGAGAUGUUGCUUUGGAGGAAAUGCUUCCAACUAAUACCUCCCCCCACAAUUAUGCCAAUACAGAACACACAACUUGACCCAAAUCCAGAUCCACCGCUAACCCAUGUUUUUUCUUUGAAACUUCCAACCUAUAAUAAUUCAAAAAGUAUUGUUUUUUAGUUUUUGGGAAAUUACCAUAAAGAAAUAUAUAAUCUUAUGGGGGAAAAACAUCACCGGUUCAUCUCCCCUGUAAUUGUCUCAAUUGUGGUCACCCUUGGCCUCGUCUCCUUCACGCUCUGCAUCGCCGCUGAAUUCAAGAAAUCGAAGGUAGUUUUGAAUCUGUGUUGGGUUCAAUUCGUAUAUCUGUCUUCUUCCGUCGAUCUUUGAUACCGGAAUUCGGGUUAACGAUCGGGUUCUUGUUUUCCCGGUGAUGAUUUUUUUUGCAGAAAGAGGAUCUUCGGCUGGCGGGGGAGCUUUGUUACUUGCCCAGAAGCUUGGCUUGCGGUCUAGCAAUUGCGGCUUUGGCCUGCUUCACCGGCGCUCAGGUCAUCGGAAGCUUGUUAGUUGUUGGCCGGAGAUUCAUGUCCGGCGAGCGGCAUAAGCCGAUGGUUGUAAUCUUCUCACUGGUGUUAUCAUGGAUCAGCUAUGGAGUUGGAUUAGUCUUCCUAUGCACAUCCACAAGCAUGAGUAGGAGUCAACAAUUAGGUGAAGGGUGGUUAGAUGGAGAAUGCUAUUUGGUCAAGAAUGGAGUUUUCACUUCUUGCGCAAUUUUGAUCUUAUUCACUUUGGGUUCAACUCUUGGUUCAGCCAUUGUCAUUACCACUAAAGAGCAGCAGCAGCAUGAGGUUGAGCAACUAGGAAAGAAGGUGCAUGCUCAAGAAAUAAGUAAAUAAAUAAGUGUUGAAUAUGACUUGACAAAGACUAAACAAAUACAGAGUAAUACCAAGUAUAAUAAUUAGAGUAAAAUAAUAAUAAUAAUAAUAAUAAUAAUUAUUAUUAUUAUUAUUAUUGUUCUUACUAUAACAAUUGUACAACCAAAUUUGAUAACUAGUGUCAUGGAGUGUUGUUUUGAUCUUCUCGUACAUAGAUGUUACAUAGAAGUUGCAAUUGUAAAACCAAAUUUCAUAACUAGUGCCAUGGAGUGUUGUAUACUUAUCGUCUCAUACAUAGAAGUUACAUAGAAGUUACGUUGCAAUUGUACAUAUAUUGCUUUAGUAUUACAAUCUCGACUUGGAAGUGUUACAAAAUACACUAAGAUUAUUGUAUUCUUGUUAGUUCAUGAGUUUUUCUAGUUAUUUGUUUCUUCAGAAAUGAACGAUGUAUAUAUCUAUAUUGUUUAUUUCCAACUCUC